AUGACGCCCUCGCCAUCCUCGCAGCAGGGCCUCGAGCCGCGGCGGCCCAGGAGCGGCCACACGCAGACCGUCUCCGUCAACAUCGCCGAGAGCACGCCGCCCAACGGCAACCGCCGGUUCCAGCUCCACGUCAGCGAGUGUGUCGAGACUAAGACCGUCACCACCACAACUCGCCUGACCAGGAAGUUCCCCCAGGUCUUCGUCCGCGACCCCGCCCCCCUGGAGAGUCUCGACACCAAGGAGUAUCCCUUGGCUACGAAGCCGACGCCUCCUGAAUUGGCCGACUUUUCCUACAAUUAUGGCGCUGAGGAAGAGGAUUUCGAUGCAGAAAUGAUGGAUGAUGACGAUGACCACGACGACAGCCAACUGACACCAGACGCCUUGAGCCGCAUGCCGUCAGUCUCACCAUCCGAGCCUUACUCUCGCCGAAGCAAUCGGUUAGCCGCCGCAGAGUCCCCGACAGCCACUGCGACGAGGUCUUCACAGCGUCUAGCACGUUCGUCGGCCUUGCAUGCCGUGUCCAACAGGCUGCGCCGGUCUGUCAUACAAGGAAGUAGCGGAAGUGGCGCUGGAAGUGGCAGCGGCGGCGGUAGCAGCAAUCUACGUCACGAUGCCGGCGAUAGAGUGACAAGAAAUACCUCGAUUGGUAUUCUUGCAACGCCUGAUAUCACGGAGACGGCCGGAUCAUUACCGAGCCGGUCAUUGCAGCGCCGGUCUAUACAUGCUGAAUACUCACCCAAUUCCCAAGACGUCAUUCGCGGCCGUUCCAAGUCUCCUUUCUACGAGGCAUCCAGUCCCGCCGGGAGUGAUGCCCACACUUUUAGCAGCACCGUCGCCACCCCACCGAUUACCGAUGCAGACCCGGAAUCCUUUGCAGAUGACACCGACGAAUCCCUGGAGCCGUCACUGCGUCCGCAGCACCGGCCCGCAAUCGAUGUCGUUGCUGCCCAGGAUGCCAGUCUUCCUAGUCCGAGAUUAUCCCCAACCUUGGCCGCUGCCCAGCUGCACUCUGCCGACCCUGACGAGACUGCCCAGUCUUUCAAGACGGAACAGUCGGGCACGUGGAUGGGGGAGUCUCAAUUAACGGAAGAUGGAGAAUUUACCGACCUGGUGCCCUUUGAACGUCCAUCCCACGGCAAGCGAGCCAUGGUGCGAUACGACCAGCACCAGCCCGUCACGCUGGACCCGCAGAUGCUGCUGGAGGCGUUUGACUCGAUGAAGACGGAGAUGAAGACAUUCAUGAUGUACCAAUUCCUCCGCCGGUGUCCUCGACCGACGCUCCGCAUCGUGGCCGAUGCUGUGAAUCCCGCACUCAAGUGUGACUUUUUACAGCAACUGCCCCUCGAGCUGAGCUACCAUAUUCUCUUCUACCUCGACCUUCGCGACCUUACCCGUGCCGCCCAAGUAUCGAAACACUGGCGUAAUAUUGUAGAUCAAAACGAGACCGGCUGGAAAGAGUUGUUCGAUAGAGAUGGCUUCACCCUCCCCCCUGGAGAGCUCAGCAAGGCCAUUCUUCAGGGGUGGGGAUGGCAGGAUCCGGUUGGCAUCGAUGGCUACGAGCAGGACUUGAGCAUGCAAAGCCGGCUAACGUCGUCGGAAAAAGAGCUUACCCAGGCUCUGAAGCAAGAGGCGGCACCAAAAGUGAGGACUUCAAAGCGCAAGCGUGGUCUCAAUGCCUACAGCAGCUCGGAGCGUUCCAAGCGGCGAGCCAGCACCCAGGAGGUGGCUGCCAACCGGGACGGAAAGGCUCAAGGCGAGGCCAAGCAGCACAAGUCGGCCGGACCCCUUUCAGCUGCCACCGCUGCCAUACAAGCCGUUCCCGACCCUCAGCUGGGCCUGCCGAGUCUACGACAGCUCCAUCUCUUCAAGUCCCUCUAUCGCCGCCACUACAUGAUUCGCCACAGCUGGACCAACGGCGAGACAAAGCCGAGCCACGUAGCGUUUGCAGCCCAUCCUCGACACGUUAUUACCUGCCUCCAGUUUGAUGAUGACAAGAUUAUUACUGGCAGCGACGAUACUCUCAUCCACAUCUACGACACCAAGACUGGCAAACUCCGCAGGAAGCUCGAGGGCCAUGAAGGUGGCGUUUGGGCUCUCCAGUACGAGGGCAACAUUCUGGUCUCUGGUUCAACGGACAGAUCGGUGCGAGUGUGGGACAUUGAGCGUGGCCUAUGCCAACAGGUAUUUUACGGACAUACUAGCACGGUCCGCUGCCUGCAAAUCCUGAUGCCGACGGCGACCGGCAUGGCCAAGGACGGCACUCCCAUCAUGCAGCCCGAGAAGCCGUUGAUCAUCACAGGUUCAAGAGAUAGCCAACUGCGUGUCUGGCGUCUCCCCGAGGUUGGAUCACGGCGAUACAUCCAGACCGGCCCGCCGGCCCAGGAAUCCGACUGUCCUUACUUCAUCCGCGUCCUGACCGGCCACACCCACUCGGUUCGUGCCAUUUCAGCUCACGGCGAUAUUCUGGUCAGCGGAUCUUACGACAGCACCGUCCGAGUCUGGCGAAUUAGCACCGGAGAUGCCUUGCAUGUGCUCCACGGACAUUCCCAAAAGGUUUAUUCGGUGGUGCUUGAUCACGAGCGUAAUCGGUGCAUAUCAGGCUCGAUGGACUCUCUGGUCAAGAUUUGGGACCUUGCUACGGGGGCGUGUCUCUACACGCUGGAAGGUCACAGCCUGCUGGUUGGUCUGCUGGACCUACGUGAUGACCGCCUUGUCUCGGCAGCUGCAGAUUCGACGCUCCGUAUCUGGGAUCCUCAAACUGGCAAAUGUCGAAACACCCUGAUGGCGCACACGGGUGCCAUUACCUGCUUUCAGCACGAUGGCCGAAAAGUAAUUAGCGGCAGCGAAAAGACUGUCAAGAUGUGGGAUGUCCGGACGGGAGAGUGCGUGCAGGAUCUCCUGACAGACCUUAGUGGGGUUUGGCAGGUCAAGUUUGAUGGAAGGCGAUGUGUUGCAGCCGUCCAGAGAGACAACUUGACUUAUGUAGAGAUCCUCGACUUUGGCGCUGUCCGAGAUGGACAUCCUCAACAAGAGCUCGGACGACGCAUUCUCCUCAACGAACCGGAAGUUCGUGCCAUGAUUGAAGAAGAAGCUUAGGCGUCUACGGAUGAUGGUUUUAAUUUUUUUUCUAUCCCUCAAAACCAAGAGAAAAGCAUUGCGAAACACGAAGACGAAUGAAACAGAAAAUGCAAAUAAAUAUAUAUACACACAGAGACAUAUAUAUUUCAGGCAUUCAGUAUGGAAAUGGAAACUCGCAGCAUCUGAAGGGCGAUACGACUCUGCCCUCGGCGUUCUGUUGUUAUAUAGUAUAUACGCGCUGUCCAAGCCCUUUGUCGGUAUCACGGAAUUUAGGGAGGAUGUGAGGCAUGGCGUUUAGGCUUUCAAUUUAUUAUUUUCGUUGCUCUACUCGUUUCGGACUUUUAUUCUUUCUCGAAAAUUAUACUGGUUGUUUUCUAUGAGCGAUUGGAGGGUGGCUCAAUGGCGCUUCGUACAUGAGGGGGCUCAAAGAGCAUGUGUGGUAAUACACUGCGGUCAGCACGGAGAUGGGAAGAUGGAGAUGAGAUGGCCCGGGUUUAAUGGGGGACGAUGUAUGCAUGUGUUUAUAAUGGCCUUGUGAAAAGACAAUGAUGCUGCUGUACAUGGCGUAUGAAGCUU